UUUCUCCAGAGAACAUUGAAAGAAAGAAGGAUAUGAAGAUGAAGCUGGGAUGGUUGGUUGUGACAGUUAUGGUUUUGAACCUGUCAAGUCCUUGCUCAGCAUGGUUUGGUUUUGGCAACAAACAAAAGACUUCAAAGAACUCUAUUCUGCCAGCUCAGCCCUCCAUCAUCAACCGUGCUGCCCAUGGUUCCUCCAUUAUCAUCCCACUUUACGGCAAUGUUUAUCCUGUUGGGUUCUAUAAUGUUACUCUCAGCAUUGGGCAGCCACCAAGGUCCUAUUUUCUGGAUGUUGACACCGGUAGUGACCUCACAUGGCUUCAAUGUGAUGCCCCUUGUUCCCAUUGCUCUGAGACUCCCCAUCCACUGUACAAGCCCAGCAAUGAUUUUGUGCCGUGUAAAGAUCCCCUAUGCGCGUCGUUGCAGCCGAGUGAUGACUACGAAUGUGAAAGCCCUGAUCAGUGUGACUAUCAGAUUGAUUAUGCGGAUCAGUACUCAACACUUGGUGCACUUGUCAAUGAUGUCUAUCUUCUCAACUUCACCAAUGAUGUCCAACUUAAAGUUCGGAUGGCACUUGGAUGUGGAUAUGAUCAGACUUUUUCGCCUUCUUACCACCCGUUAGACGGAAUACUUGGGAUUGGCAGGGGAAAAACCAGCUUGGUGUCACAGCUGAAUGGUCAGGGCUUGGUGCAAAAUGUUGUUGGACACUGCUUAAGUUCCCAAGGAGGAGGAUAUGUUUUCUUCGGAAAUGUCUAUGGUUCUUUUCGAGUGAGCUGGACUCCAAUGUCAUCCACAGAUUCAAAACAUUACUCAGCAGGGCCAGCUGAACUUGCUUUUGGAGGAAAGAAGAGUCGUUCUGGAAGCUUAACUGUGCUUUUCGACACUGGCAGUUCUUACACUUACUUCAACUCCAAGGCUUACAAAGCUCUCAUUUCUUGGUUGAAGAAGGAAUUGCACAAAGUACCCAUAAGUGUAGCAGCUGAUGAUCAAACCUUACCAAUAUGCUGGCGUGGUAAAAAACCUUUCCAGAGCAUACGUGAAGUGAAGAGAUACUUUAAGCCGCUGGCGCUUACUUUUAGCAAUGCUGGAAAAGUUAAAACUCUAUUUGAGAUCCCUCUUGAAGGUUAUCUGAUACUAUCAAACAUGGGAAAUGUUUGCCUGGGAAUUCUGAAUGGCUAUGAAGUAGGGUUGGGAGAUCUCAACAUAAUUGGAGACAUAUCCAUGCAAGACAAAGUGAUGGUAUUCGACAAUGAGAAGCACUUAAUUGGUUGGGCACCUGCAGAUUGUACUCGUCUUCCAAGAUCAAGAGCUUUCGGUAUUUCAUCAUACUGAAAAAAGAAAAGAAAAAUUCCUAGGUGGAGGUUGUUGUGCCAUAUAUGGAGCAGGUUAAUUCAUGCUAUCUUCAUAAUGUGUAGUGUUUGUGAAUAUAGUCAUUGAUCAUCAUCAUGUAUUAGUAUAUUACAUUCUGAUCGAGUAAUGAAUGUAAUCGAUGGAAAUAUGUGAAUAUUUCGCAUCGCAUUUAUUUUUAGAGCUAUGUUACACAUAAAAGUCUUUUUGGCUUACAGUUUUACAAGUUGGACCAAGUCUAACAAAAAUUA